UGACUCCCUGAUGAGCCUGAUCCAAUGUGUAAUCACGAUAUGGUCUUUCGUCGCUAUGCCCGCGAUAACACACGAACGAGCGAACGCCCACAUCGCGCGGGGGAGUUUACCGGUGUUUCACUACAGGCACACGACCAGGGGCGAUACCCAGCCAUCCUUGUACUUAUCUUGUGUUAUUCGGGGCAGGCAGAAGAUGCAUCAGGGAGAUGUAUGUGAGAUUGCGUAUUGAAGAUGGAAUUCGGGGUCACGGUUUGGAACCAAGA